GCCCGGCCGCAGUGUGCUGGAGUGCCUGCUUGCUGUGCCCCCGGGUUAUGACGACCCCCAGUAAAGGAAACAAGGCCUUGAAGGUGAAGCGGGAGCCGGGUGAGAAUGGCACCAGCCUGACGGACGAGGAGCUGGUGACCAUGUCAGUGCGAGAGCUGAACCAGCACCUGCGUGGCCUGUCCAAGGAGGAGAUCGUGCAGCUGAAGCAGCGGCGCCGCACACUCAAGAACCGCGGCUAUGCCGCCAGCUGCCGCGUGAAGCGGGUGACGCAGAAGGAGGAGCUGGAGAAGCAGAAGGCGGAGCUGCAGCAGGAGGUGGAGAAGCUGGCCUCAGAGAACGCCAGCAUGAAGCUGGAGCUGGACGCUCUGCGCUCCAAGUACGAGGCCCUGCAGACCUUCGCCCGGACCGUGGCCCGCAGUCCCGUGGCGCCUGCUCGGGGGCCCCUGGCCGCCAGCCUGGGGCCCCUCGUUCCCGGCAAGGUGGCCGCCACCAGCGUCAUCACAAUAGUAAAGUCCAAAACAGAUGCCAGGUCUUAGGGGUGCGCUGGCGCAGGCGGGUCUCGAGGGGCCAGAGGGCGUGUGUGGCGAAUUGGGUGGCCCUGUCCCCCCCCUUCCCCCCUUCCUCCUACCUCCUCCCCUCCCUGCAAAGCACAACCUGCACCUGAGGGCGCCAGCUGAGCCCCCUUUGAUCUCGUCAUCGCCAAUGUCAUCGCCUUUUUUGUAUGUGGGGUGUGGUCGGUGCUGCGGUGACACGGGAUGGCCCAGGCCCCUUGGUGCCCAGGUCCCGUGGGGAUGGGCCGGGGUGGUGAGCCUGGGGCUCACUCCUGCCCUCGAGUCCCGCCACAGCUGUGGCAGGUGGUCAGGGCAGCUCGGCCUGGGCCGGCGUGGCUCCGGCUUGGGCUUCAUGCGGGCGGGCGGGCGCUGCCGGGCAGGACCCCUGGCGCUGGUCGUGAUGUGGUGCAGGGCGUGUCAGUGUGUCCUCGGUGGUCCGUGUCACUGUUUACAUGACCUGUGUGUGGUUACAUAGCCCUUUAUUUAAAAGAGAGAAGUUCAUUUUACGAAGUUAUUAAAUUAUAUGUUUAAAAGCUAAAGAAGAAAAAAAACCUGCAGAGUAUUUAUAAAACUGUCUUUUUAAAAAAAAAAUUCAAGAACAAUUGACGGUAUAAAUGGCAAAGGGAAGAAAGUAUAGUAGAAACUUUGCUAGUUGGAAAAAAAAAACCCUUCUUGUAAACUUCCAGACAAAUCUCUGUGGCUGUUGAGGUUUAGUUUUUAUAUGCAGAGUUAUCAGACGUUAUUUAUAAAACUUAGUUUAAAAAAAGAGAAAAAAGCAAAAAAAAAAAAAAAAAGCUGAGCCGCACGCCUGGGAAGGCGCGGCCACCCUGAGGCCCUCUUUGCAAUUGUACCGAAAGUGACUUACUCCUGCCCGCGUCUGUGCCUGGUGGCUCUUGUGCAGCGUCAUGUGCUGGUGCUUCUGGUGACCUUUGACCUGUGGGUGUCACUUCUUGUGUCCGUCUUCCUGUGUUUGUUCCUUGGACUUGGUUGUGUUUUUGCUUCCACUGGCUUGUGUGCACGGGGUCCACCCAUGAGCGCCGCCCUCCUGCCUGGCGCUGUCCAGGCCUCCUCAUCUCGUCCCCUGCUGGCCCUCGGCUGCGCACAUGUCUUAGGUGGGCACAGUGGGUGACCCCAAGAGCCAGCCUGGGCCCCUCCCGCUGCUCCUGUGCCCUCCGGGACUGGUGGUGUGGGUAGCAUGGUCCAGCUGAGCUGGCCUGCUGUCUUCCUUCUGAGCCCCGCAGCUCUAUGCCCGGGCUCUAUGUGGGCCCAGCGCCCGCUCUCCCAGAACUGCGUCCGUGCUCUGGGGCAGACCUGGGUGGUUUGGGGGACCACCUGGGACAGCCCCCUCUUGCCUUGCUCUGGGGGGCAGGUCUUCCACCAGGGCUGGACAAGGGCUAGUCUCCAAGGGCCGGCUGCUGGCCUCUCUGCAGAGCCAGUCUUCUAGACACCAGCCCAUCUGCUCCUGGAUGUGCCUCUCUGGACAGUCUGUGCCCCUCCAGGAGCCCCAGGUGGCCAUCCUCCCAGGCUCUUCUCUGGGUAUUUUACCCACGUCGGGAGGGGCCUCCCUGUCUGCCCACUUGGGCCUUGACCUCUCCUUGGGGCCACUGGUUAGCAUUUCCAAUCCCUGAAAAGCACAGAAGUGUAGCUGGUGGGGACAUGUGUGACCAGGCAGGGUAGACCAUGUGAGCAGGUGGAUUGGGCCAGGUGCCCAUGGCCUGAGCUCGCUCCUCAGCUUCUCAUUCUGGAGGCUCUCCUGGCCUUGGCUGCUCAGUCACACCCCCCACUGACCUCGCAGUGGCCUUGCCCACUGCCCGCCACCUGCUUUGUCUUCCUGGGUCAGUGCUGCAGUCCCAUUGCUGGUGGUCAUCAACCUGGACAAGACCCAUGUGUGCAGCCGCAAAGGGGGAUUGGCCCUCGCUGGGAGGGGCUCCUGGAGCUGGGGGCCAUGCCUCUGUGGGCCUUGCGGGGCUGCUCCUUGGCACUUGGAACCACCAGGUCUUGGCAAGCUGGUGCUGCCCGUCCCUCUGCCUUGGUUUCCUCACUGUGCAUCCUGUGUCCUGUGUGACUUGUGUUUCGAUUCUUGUCGGUUCAGUUUCCCCACUUUGAGGCUGAUGUGCUGUUUCUCUCAGUUCUGCCGACAUGGUGUUGAAGAUUGGCGUUGGCCACAUCUUGCAGACCUGUGUCUCCAUCGAUGAAGCCGUAGUGCACCUUGCCCUGUGCCACUCUGAGCGGGCCCUGUUGGCAGGCAGAUUGUGGCCCUGUGUGGCAGUGGCUCCUGCGGCCACUCGCUGCAGGUCUCUCUUGUUGGUGCUUGGUCCCUGUCUGUCCUGGCAGCCGUAACCUUGGCACAUGGCUCAGGCAGCUGCAACCUGCAUUGGGACAGGCACCCAUGCCCCCUCCCAGCCCUGCUGUGCCCACUCUGGGCGACCGUUUGGCCCGAGCCACAGUGAGCUGGCCCGCUUCCGCUCUGGGGUCUUGUGUGUCGCUUUUUUAGGCUGUGGUUUGGUGAAGGGAACCAACACGCUAACAAUUUCUCUUCCCAGAAGCCACUGAAUCAUUCUUGUGGCGUGUUCCUGCCUUCCUGCUGGUUGUCUGGGUCUGGAGCAGGCAGAGAGCCAGAUCUGCCCAGGCAGGUGCCCUCCCGCUGAUACCGUCCUGCCACUGUACUGGACGCUGUGGCUGGUGCCGCCCUGGUAGUGCCCGCGAGGACGGGGCCGUGGUGUGCAGGGUCUGAGCCUGCCACCGGGGAGACCCCUGUCCAGGAGACCUGUUGGGGCUCGGGCCCCUUCAGCAGCCUGGUCCUAGCCCUGCCCUCUGCUCACUCCUGGAGCCUUGAAGCCGGCUACCAGGAGCGGCCCAGAAGGAGGCUGCCCCAUCCACCUGCUCUGCCAAGCGGCCCCGAGCAGAGAUGUGCAGAUCCUGCCUGCCCCGCCCACCUCGAAGCCGGGGUCCAGGGGGAGCCCAGUGUGUGCUGGGCGAGCUCGGUGGGCGCUGGGUCACUUGGGGCGGGCACGGGCCCACCUGCCCGGCGCAGUAUUUAUUGCUAAAUUAUUGUCCAGGCGGGGCGGCGCUGGGCCGGGCCCCCGGUAUUUAUUGCUGUACAUAGUGUACGUUUGUGAUAUAUAAGGUUUUCUUUAUUUUGUAUAUGACCAAUAAACACCUUUUAAACAGA